GUGAUCUUUAGAUGGUGGAAGAUCUCUCUAAGGAGUGAAUAUCGAUCAACAAAACCUGNUGAGAAAUCCAAUCCAUCAAAAAAACCAGAAGCUAAACUGUGGCAGGUGGCCUCCAAGAUGACUCCCGUUCAAGUUGCCUUAAUAUUUGGUGCAAGAGUAUUAGACUAUAUCUUCAAUUUGUGCCAAGGUAAAUUUGACUUCCUUGAAUGGCUCUCAGACAGUUUGCUCCUGAAUAUCAUUUCUUAUCUGGAUCUUGAAGAUGUUGCUAGGCUUUCUCAGACAUCACGCAGAUUUGCAAAGUUGUGCACGUCUGACAAACUGUGGGAGCAGAUGGUGCAGUCGGCCUGCGACACCAUCACUCCUGACAUGAGGGCCCUGGCGGUGGACGUGGGCUGGAAACAGAUGUUCUUCACCAACAAGCUCCAUCUCCAGUGGCAGCUCCGUAAGAGGAAACAAAAACACGGGAGCCAGAGAGAGAAUCAACAUUAGGGACACAUUUUCCUGAGGCAUGGCUGUGCUACUCGUCAGUGUCCAGAUCUCUUGUGUCCUUCCUUGAGAACUAAGAGGUUCUGCUGAGUCAGGAGCCCUUCGAAAAGUGUAGAGGAUUUGCACACAGAUGCAGCAGAACCUGGCUGCCCAGUGCCUUGCUUGAACCACCACCCCUGUCGCACUGAGGGUAAUCGUGGCCCAGGACAAGGGCUGCAAGACAGGAAGCCCUGCAGGUCAACAUCUGCCUUAUCCCCAACACCCGUAAGAAAAGAGGCUUCUGCUAUAUAUAAACAAACAAUAAAUGAUUGUUAGCAGGUUUUUAUUAGA